AUGAAGAUUAUAUUUGAAUUUGUAUUCAUAGUUCUGCUUUUAUCAUGUAUCUCUGGACAUAACAACAGUGUCGUUGAAGAAGUGUUUUCGUGGAGUAAAAUAGAAUAUGAAUCUUUACCUAAAUCAGAAUAUGCACAAGUGGGUCCAUAUCGAUACUACAUUCCAGAAAAUAACAAUAUUGGUAGUUUUGGAUAUCAUCCAGCCAGUGGAAUAUUUAUAGUGACAAUCGAUAGACUAAGGCCCGGAAUUCCGACAUCAUUGGGUGCUUUCUGUGUCAACGAUUACAACUUAACUUCUAACACAAAUAGUCCCAAAUUUUGGGGUUUUCCAAAUUACAGAAUAAAUGAGCUGCAAGAUUAUCACUUCUGGAGCAUCAAAGCAAGGCACAACGAAAAUGCAGUGCUGAAUAAGCUUCAAGAUUUUACUCCAGUAGAGGAAUACAAUUCUAAAAGUUAUAUCGAUAGAAAUCCUCAAUGGCAUCAGACAUCGUUCUAUAAAAAGCAGAGCUUUAAGAAAAUCAUUUCAGUGUUUCACCUCACAAUUGAUGAUAAGUGUAAUCGAGUUUUUUUCAUGGAUAAUGGACAAGUGCAAUAUUAUCAAAAUACAACGCAUAUCAUGCAAAAACCAGCGCUUUGGGCAAUUACACUUCCGGAAAACGGAUGUGAAACUCGUAGUUUUCCUACAGAUCGGCAUGCGGAAUUGCCUGACAAUGUUGCCGCAAAGGGAUCAAAUGGAUUCGUUCAUGUAUUUCUUGAUUAUCAGUUAGGGAAUUCUUGUGAUGAUUUGUUUGUUUAUACAACAAACACAUUCUACAAUCACUUAACCGUGUAUGAUUACAGUAAACAUGAAUUUUGGACGAUUCACCAUCAAACUUUUGAACCAGUGGUUUCAGAAUCGUAUUUUAUAUUUGAUAAAACAUUUCACUAUCAAAUGAAUAUGGGAUUGUAUUCUAUGAGUCUCGGAUAUCCAGACAAAUUUGGUGAUCGAACUGCAUAUUAUACACUAACUGCGGGAACAGCACAAUACGAAGUAUCAACUAAAGUUUUCAAAGAUAGAAACUAUUCAGCUAAUCAGAAGCCAGAUGAUUUUAGAAUUAUGGGAUACCGCGGAUGUAAUCAUCAGAGUUUCAAAACCGUCAUCGACUAUACACACGGAGUGAUGUUCUAUUCUGAGAUUCAAACUAAUCAGUUGCGGUGCUGGAAUAUUAAGAAGCCUCUCAAUCCAGACAACAUUGGCAUUGUCUUUGAGUCAGAAUACUUUGAUUCUGGUCUGCAAACGUUUGUUGAUUCUAAAGGCCAUCUGUGGUUCUACUCUAGUCAGAUGCCAAUAUUACUGACAUCGGAUCUGCCUUUAGAUCUCAACAAAGUUAACAAUCGUAUUUUCCGAACAAAAGUGUCUUAUGCCAUUCGAGGAACCGUAUGUGAAUAA